UCCCUUACAUCAAUGGCGGAGUAAAACGUAAACAAAUGAAAUUUACAAUAUGAGUUUAAUUCGAGGAUCAAUUUUAAUGGUUUGUGCAGCAUUAUCAUGGAAUAUUUUGUCACUGAUGUUUAAACCGAAACUUCCACCAAUUGUAGAGGGACAUUUUCAUCCAAAAUUUAGAAGAGUAGCUGAAAUAUUUAGAAAUAAAAUAGAAAAUGGUAAAGAGGGAGGUGCAGCGUUUGCCUUGUAUUAUAAAGGAGAAUUAUUGAUCGAUUUAUGGGGAGGAUAUGCUGAUGAAGAUUCGGCUCAACCAUGGGAUAAUAAUACUCUCACAUUGGUGUAUUCUCUUACUAAAACCAUGGCAGCCAUUACAGCUGCAAAAAUGGUGGAAAAGGGAUGGUUAGACUAUAGUAAACCUGUUUCAGCUUACUGGCCAGAGUUUAAAGUCAACAAUAAAGAUAAUAUUACAGUAGAGAUGUUAUUAAGUCAUCAGGCAGGAUUGUUGCAUCCAACUCAAAAUUUUAACUCUUUCCAAGACAUUUUGUUGAAUAAGGAAGAAUUGCAGAAAGAGGUUGCCCAGGCAACUCCUGCGUGGCCUGCAGGAACACAACAUGGCUAUCAUAUGCUGUCCUUCGCCUUAUUGGUAGAUACACUUCUUCAAAAAGCUGAUAUAAAACAUCGUAAUAUAGGUCAGAUAUUUAAAGAAGAAAUAGCAGAUGAAUAUGGAAUAGAUUCGUUCAUUGGUUUGCCGUAUGCAGAGAAUUAUCGAGUGGCAAAGUCUAUGUUAAUAACGGCACCACAAAUGUUGUUGUCUGUUUUAUUGUCUUUCGAUAUCAAUUAUAUCAACAUUUAUAUCAAUACCAUAUUCUAUCCUACAUCACAUACUGCCACGGCUUUUAAAGCACCGAAAGACGUCUCUGAGCGUGGCAGACAGAAUAAUCCAGUAAUCAGAGCUGUACCAUUUUCAAGUUUCAAUGGUUUUUCCUCAGCAAAAGCUUUAGCGAAAAUGCUCGGCAUUUUGGCAAGUGGGGGAACUUAUCAAGGGAAGCAACUCUUAUCGAAAGCUUCAAUAGAAAAAUUAAACACUAACAUGGUAGAGGGUUUAGAUAAUACUUUAUUAGUAAACAUGUCGUAUGGACGAGGUUUCAUGCGUCUUAAAAACUCACAGGGUGACACUGUUUAUGGACAUACGGGUUAUGGUGGGCAAGUGACUUUUGCUGAUAUGACCAAUCAGUUUGGUCUAUCUUAUGUAACAAAUUAUCCUUCAUUUUAUUUCCUCAAUGAUGAUCCACGUUUCAAAGAUUUAGAGAAGGCCACUUAUUUAUGUUUUCAAGAUUAUAUUGCUUCUCAAAAAACGUAACAUCCACUUUUUAUGCAUUUUUUAAAUUAGGUUUUUUUAUAUAUAUAUAUAUCCUGUCUAAAUUUGUACUGUAUUGAUAGUCAUCUAUAUCUCGUAUUCGUCAAUGUAUUUGAUUUAUAAGAUUGUUUUAAUAAAAGUUUUUUUUUACUAUGUCUUGUCGAAAUUUGUAAAUUUGUAUUGAUAUUCAUUUAUCUCAUGUAUUUAUUUGAUUUAAGAUUGAUUUAUAGCUCUGCAAUAUGCUGAUUAAAUUAUGUAGGGCUUGUCUCCACAUCGGCUCUACAUUCAAAUAUUUGUAUGAUUGGUAGCUCUACAAUAAAUAUUUCUAAAUGCUGAUCAGUUUCUGUAGCACUGUAGAGUGUAAUAUUUUGUGUGAAGUGUAAAUCUAUGAUUUAGAUUGCUAUGCUUAUUUUUAGAUUUAGAUUGCUAUGCUAUUUUGUAGCUUUAGAUUUAGAUUGCAAUGCUUAUUUGUAACUUUAGAUUUGUAGCUUUAGAUUUAGAUUGCUUAUUUGUAGCUUUAGAUUGCAAUGCUUAUUUGUAGCUUUAGAUUUAGAUUGCUAUUCUUUAUUGUAGCUUUAGAUUUAGAUUGCUAUUCUUUAUUGUAGCUUUAGAUUGCAAUGCUUAUUUGUAGCUUUAGAUUUAGAUUGCUAUUCUUUAUUGUAGCUUUAGAUUUUGAUGCUUAUUUGUAGCUUUAGAUUUAGAUUGCUUAUUUGUCGAUUUAGAUUUAGAUUGAUAUGCUGAUUAGUCUUUGUAUGCUUAGACUCCAUAUUGACAUUUUAAUUCCUGCAUUGAGAAUUUUAUUGAAACCACUAAGUGUACUUUGAGAAUAUUGAGAGGUAUUUACCCCCCUUCGAUUUAAUGAAUUGAAGACGUUUAUUUAAUCUUUGUGUGUAUGAAAGAUGUAAAAUGGAUUAGAACACCACAAAUAGUAUACAAUUUUUUUUAACAUGGUGGACAUUCAGUGCAGAGAUCUAUUCUCUAUGUAGGUAGUUCUAUACCAGGUCAAUUUAGGGAUAUUUUCUACCACGUUGAUCGCAUUGAUCGUUUGAAGUACUUCUGUCCUUUUAACCCUUGAUGGCUUGUUUAUAAUUAAUGUUUUUAUGUGUAUAAAAAUCAAUAUUUAAUGUAAUAUUUCUGAUGGUGCAUUUAUUAUAUUAAUAAUGUAUAUUUAUAAUGCACUUAAUAAUCCAUCCAUUUACGCAUGCUCAAAGUGCUGCAUUUAAGGAGUCUCUCGUCAGUUAAAGCACACAUAAAACUGUCUCUUUCGAAUCUGGAUAAUAGAGUUUAAACAAAUAUAGUUUUUAGUUGUGACUUAAAAAUUUGAUCUUCUCUAAUUUAUCGAUGUUGGUAAAGCUUGAUAUUUUUAUAAAAUGCAACUAUUAUAAACACUUAAUGUGCUUCAAAGCUGUGAAAUAAUAAGGAAUAGAAUUGAAUUUAAGGUUUCUGGCACACCCUUUUCAUAGAAGAACUAACAAAAAACAAAAACAAAAGACCGUAACACCAACAAUUAGCACUGAGUGUGGAAAAAUAUAAGUGAUCUUAAGGUUGUGUCAGUUGGGUUUUGAAAAAAUAUUCUCUUUUUUCUUUUUUCGGCGUGAAAAAUGACCGAUGGGUCAGAUCUAGUUUCAGUCAAUUUCCAUAGCCCUCGAUCUUCACCGGCAUAUACAGCCGACAUGGAACUCAUGUUCCAAUAACAUUAGUAAUAGAACUGGAAAUACUGAGGACACAAUUACUGCUUGAUAAACACUAGACGCUAAGUAAUUGUAUUCCGUAGAAUUUUAGAGCUAGAGCACAGAUUUGACGACGAUCACCUCCUGGAAAUGUUUUUGCACCCAGUGUUCACCUUAUUUUGUUGUCAACAAAAAAAGGUAUUUGGCCGCAAGUACUCUUUUCUCCGGCUCCGGGUUAUUUUGUUGUCACCAAAGAAAGGAAUUUGGCAGAAACGUAUUAAAUUUGGUUUUGUCCAUCCUAUUUCAUAUUUUGAAUAUAUAUAUAUAAGUGUAAUAGUUUUUGUGGUGUAUUUAUACGUGUUGUAUUAUUGUUUUAUAUUAAGUACACAGGAGAAAGGAAACUGUACAUAUUUUUAUUUACUAUUAUCUGUAUGUAACACAUAAUUUGUGUGCAAUAAUGCCCCCCAAGUUUCAACAACUGAAACUUUUAUGAUAAUAUAAACAAUUUGUUUAACUUGAUUGAUUUAAAUCAAAUGGACAGCUGUCUAGCCAUUCGAAUGGGACGCUAAACCGAGGUUCUGUGUACACUUCCUACUGACUUAGUCGUGGGGAAUUCCUAUAAGCUCACUUAGUAGAGGUGUAUGGAAUCUAUGCCCGGAGUCGUGGGUGCGAUUCAUGACUAGGCAUCCUGUUACACCACAUGAAAUCCUUUCCGACGUGGUUUCCCCUUGUCAGUGGUGCAGGACGGAGGGCCUGGCAAGGUAAGCUGUCUAGUCAUUAGGAUGGCACGAUAAAGCGAGGUUCCGUGUACACAUUGGCAUGUACGUAAAAGAACCCUUGGUAGUCGGGGCAGAACAGUAGGAUGUUUUACCCCAUUUCAUUUCAUUUUCAACCAAUGGAAAGGCUGCAUCUUUCUGAUAUUUUAGUUUAAGCUUUCUUGAAUAAGGCCCCUAGUUUUUAUUUUAUAGUAUUAAUCAAGGUUCUCCACUUGUUUUAUUAACAUAUAUAACAUUAUGUAUAUCUAUCUUUUUAACAUAUCACUGAUGUAAUCUGAUUUUUUAUUUAUUCACUGUCUCUUUCAUAGUUAGUGGAAAGAUGUUA